AUGGGCAUCCAAAGCAAGCUUCAUGUUAUAAAGUCGCUUGAUUCCCUUCUAUACUAUCACUUUGUAUACAUUUACUUUCUGGAUGCAAGCCUGCUCCUUCUCAUCUUUCGUGUCUUUUUACAACUGCCGCUGCUUUCGUCAAGGGCGUUGCCACGGACAUUACGAACAGCAACUGGUGUCGUAACGGCCGAGCUUGGUAUAUGUAUAUUGAUACAUGGCUUGAGUGAACCGGGGCAGCCUGGCAUCCUGAUUGAUUUUGUUGGCAACGUGACGCAUGCGAGUAUACUACGGUUGAUAUGGCUGGAUUUGAUGAUCUAUGGUUUACAAAUGAUACGCAUCUUCAUGACCUUCAACUUGUCACUGCAAAAUGAUCUCGUUGCUACUACGGUCCCUGUACCUCCAGCCUUGGUUCCCGCCCUCGGUGCUGAAACGCUUACAUUGAUGCUUCCAUCUUCAAAUUCAUCAAGGAAUCGAGAAGAACAACAAGAUGAUCGUGAUCCAUUUUAUCGUACCGAUGAUAUGGUGAUGGAGAUUGAACUCAAGUCGUCCUUGCAAUCCAUUAUGCAGCCAACACCCCAGGAACAAGACCCAGUCGAUCGAUUACCGGUAUAA